AUGGCGAAGCCGCAGAUUCUUUUCUGCUUCCUAGUCGCCGCCUCCGCGACGCUGCUCGUCGCCACGGCCAAGAAAUCCGGGGAGGUGACGGAGCUCCAGAUCGGCGUCAAGCACAAGCCGGAAUCUUGCAGCAUUCAAGCUCACAAAGGUGACAAGGUUAAAGUUCACUACCGUGGAAAACUUACUGAUGGAACAGUUUUUGAUUCAAGCUAUGAAAGAGGUGACCCUAUUGAAUUUGAUUUGGGGUCUGGACAAGUGAUCAAAGGAUGGGAUCAGGGUCUCCUGGGAAUGUGCGUUGGUGAAAAGCGGAAGUUGAAGAUCCCAUCAAAGCUUGGCUAUGGACCUCAAGGCUCGCCACCUACUAUUCCUGGUGGAGCAACCCUCAUAUUUGACACGGAGCUUGUUGCCGUCAAUGGAGAACCAGCCAACCAAUCUGACAACGAGCUUUAG